GGAGCCAAGCAGCCCGCGAAUCCCGCGCGGCGGUCGCUCUGCUGCUGCGAGCUGGGACAUGGCCAGGAGGAGCGUGAAGCUGCUGUCCUGGGCCAGCGUGGCUCUGGCCGCCUCUGGCAUCUGCCUCUACGGCAACAAGUAUCUGGACCCCAGUGACUUCGGCGCCGUCAGGGUGGGCAGAGCUGUGGCCACGACAGCCGCCAUCAGCUAUGACUACCUCACGUCCCUGCGGGGAGUCCCCUAUGGUUCGGAAGAGUACGCACAGCUCCAGUCACAGGUGCACCUGCGCUCUGCCCGCCGCCUGCGGGAGCUGUGCUGUGCCAACCGCGGCACCUUCAUCAAGGUGGGCCAGCACCUGGGCGCCCUGGACUACCUGUUGCCCCCCGAGUACACGCACACCCUGCGUGCCCUGCACAGCCAGGCCCCGUGCAGCAGCCUGGCCGAGGUCCAGCAGGUCAUCCGCGAGGAGCUGGGCCAGGAGGUCCAGGAUUUGUUCCAGAGCUUCGACGACACUCCCCUGGGGGCCGCCUCGCUGGCCCAGGUCCACAAGGCGGUGCUGCACGACGGGCGCACAGUGGCCGUGAAGGUGCAGCACCCCAAGGUGCAGGCGCAGAGCUCCACGGACAUUCUCCUGAUGCAGGUGCUGGUCCAGGCUGUGAAGUGGCUGUUUCCAGACUUUGAGUUCAUAUGGCUGGUGGACGAAGCCAAGAAGAACCUGCCUCUGGAGCUGGAUUUCCUCAACGAAGGGAGGAAUGCAGAGAAAGUGGCCGCCAUGCUCAAGCACUUUGAAUUCCUCAAGGUCCCCCGCAUCCACUGGGAUUUGUCCACCAAGCGGUUGCUGCUGAUGGAGUUUCUGGAUGGCGGGCAGGUCAAUGACCGCGCCUACAUGGAGAGGAACGGCCUCGACGUCAACCAGAUCUCUCGCCGGCUGGGCAAGAUGUACAGCGAGAUGAUCUUUGUCAGCGGCUUCGUGCACUGCGACCCCCACCCGGGCAACGUACUGGUGAGGAGGCACCCAGACACAGGCGAGGCCCAGAUCAUCCUGCUGGACCACGGGCUCUACCAGGUCCUCACGGAAGAGUUCCGCCUGGACUACUGUCACCUGUGGCACUCACUCAUCCGGGCCGACAUGAAGCAGGUGGAGAAGUACAGCCAACGCCUGGGCGCCGGGGAGCUCUACCCCUUGUUCGCCUGCAUUCUGACGGCUCGCUCGUGGGCCUCGGUCACCAGGGGCAUCGGCCAGGCUCCCGUCACUGCCGCUGAGGACCGAGAGAUCCGCGCCAACGCGGCCAGCUACCUCCCGGAGAUCAGCCGGCUCCUGAACCGCGUGCCGCGCCAGCUGCUGCUGCUGCUUAAGACCAACGACCUGCUGCGGGGCACCGAGGCCGCCCUGGGCACCCGCGCCAGCGCCGGCUCCUUCCUCAGCAUGGCACGCUGCUGUGUGCGGGCCCUGGCCGCGCACGAGCGGAGCCAAGCUUCCCUGCUGGGAAGGACCCGGAUCUCCCUCCGGGAGACGCUCAGCCUGUGGGGGCUCAGCCUCCAGGAGCUGCUUCUGCGUGUCAGUGGGCUGCAGCUGGCCCGCAGGGUGGGGGCCCUGCUCUGCUGGCUCCGGCAGCUGGCUGUCCCCGCCCCUGCUCCGGUCUGACAGCGCUCUGCCCUCCACUCAUCUGCGGGGGGCCCCUGUUGUGGCCACACGCUGAUCUGCCGCCCAGGGGUCCUCCUGACAGUGCCCGCUGUGCUCCCACCUCUGGCUUCCCCACCCUCCCUCACAGCGGCCCUGGCCCUGCCGUGACUUUCUCUCCGCACCCCAGGGUACCACAGGGGCAGGCUGGCUGUCACCCCAUUUCUGUCACCAGGAGGGGCAAGCUGGUGGUGGUGUUGGAGGGAGGUAGGUUCCGGGGAGCCCCGCGGCUGUGACACUUUGGCUACCGCCAGCCUGGGUGGCCUGGGUGGCCUGGGUGUGGAGCAUGGCAGUGAGCUCAUGGUGUCCCCAGCCCUCUUCAGUGUCCUCACACUGCUUCAAUAAAAACAACAGCAACAGCCAAACUGUAGGGCUGGAGCAGGA